AUGAGCAAGGAAGAUAAUACAGACAACAGUUAAUCGGAAUCGUCAGAAAGUACAGAAAACAGCAAGAAAGAUAAUACAGACAGCAGUCAAUCGGAAUUGUCAGAAAGUACAGAAAGCAACGACGAGGAAGAUGAAGAGCAGGAUGUGAAACCAAAUAAAAGAAACAAAUUUCGUUGCCCUCUUCGCGGCUGUGGCUCCAAAGUAUAUAAGCUCCCUCGUCAUUUAAAGAAUGUGCAUGGCUGGAGUGCCGAAAGAGCCAGAAAUGCUGUUAAUCAAUUUGACAUGCGCCACGACCAACGAAACUCGAAGAAGCCAAAAGAAGUGAGGAAUAAGAGAAGGAGAAAAGUCUGUUGCGAGUGUGGGCGCAAGCAAAGGUAUCUAUCAAAACACUUACAGAAGCAGCACGGGUACAUACAAGGCACAAAGAGGUAUUGGAAGGCUCUCAAAGAAUCCCGGCCUGUCUAUCAGUCCAGUCCUUCUUUCGCUCAGAAUUUUGUCGAGAUAGAAGGUGACUCACCAGGUGAAGAAGCUACUGAAAAAAGUAACCAGUUCAAGGAGAGUAAAAAAAAUGCUGCACCUAGAGGACAUAUGAAUGACGACACAGGGACCUUGGGGGCAACCAGUUCAACUUCGACUAUAGACAAAGUGAUUGUUGUAGAAUCGGCAAGUGAUGGUGAAGACGACCUUGAAUAUUUAGAGGAGUGUGCAGAAAGCGAUGAUGCUGUGGAGGUCCAAACUGAAGCUUGUGAUCAACAAAGUAAAAGAGUAUUCGAAGCGUUCGGGAAAUGGAUCCUUAGCCCCGAUGGGGGCGAAAAAGAUGCAAGGCCAGCUGCGCUAGUGGUGCGACAAGUGGAGACAAUACUGUCGAUAAUAGGAACACAAACCGUUGAAAGCUUGUUUGACAAGGCUCUAAUUCGCGACAAGUUUUAUCCAGAGUCGAGAGCGUCGCACAAGGCAGCAACCACAAUCAGUUAUCUUCAUUCUUUGCGCAAGUUUUAUACGUUCGCUACAACCGAGGAUGACAUCGGCCUUCCCAGAGGAUGUGAAAAAACGGCAGACGCCCUCUUUAAAAAAUGUGGGCAGUGGUGUAAAAGUCUUCGUAAAGAGGUUAAAGAGAGAUUUUGGGAGAAACAAGCAGAAGAUCUUGCACGUCUUAUUACCCCAGAAAAAGUUCAAGAGUUUGCUAAGUCAGAGUUUGCUCGUAAUCAAGUCAAGGUCAUUGGCGAUUUGAUAGACAAAGGCCAGAAUUCUACACCUCUAGGCCAAAUUGAGUACUGUGAUUUGAGAAACUUCUUGUUCAUACACCUGCUUUCCCAGAAUGGGCAUAGAAGCGGUGUCAUAACGAACAGUACUCUAGAUGAGUACAAGGAAAUAAGCUGUGUCGAUGAAACAUACAUGAUUUCUGUUAAAGAUCAUAAAACAUACAGUCAGCAUGGCCCAGCAAAUCUCUGCUUCGAUGAAAGCCUCAAAGGUUGGUUGGACAUUUACGUCGAGCACGCAAGGCAGCAAGUUGUGAAGGGCGGUGGAUCCACUUGCUUGUUCUUAAACUGGAAAGGAGCGAAGAUGCAGAGCGGCGAUCUGUCAUCAGCUAUAACAAGCACCUGGCGAAAGGGUGGUAUGAUUGAUAAGGAAACACGUAUCUCAGGAACACUAAUGAGGAAGUCAUGCACAACAGCAAUUCGACAGUACAAUAAAGAGGUUAAGGGUAAUGUCGCCGCACAUAUGGCACACACUGAACGAACUGCAGAUAAGCACUAUCAUCUCGUGCAAAAGCGCACAAACUCCGCUUUUGCUGCUAGGCAAUUGACGGCCGUAAUGCAUGGUAGGCCGAGUUCUCCUUCUGUACCAUCACGUAGCAAAAAAGAUGACAUCGAGCAACCUAGUAUGAGAAAAGAUGAUUUUGAUUCACCUCCUGAAGGAAAAGAUGAUGGUGAUCUUGAUGCGGUACCUGUACCUCCGGACUGCCAGACCUGGACAAAGGAAGAGGAAAGAGCAAUGAAAGAAACCUUCGCAGAUAAUAUCAGCCGCCAAUCAAUUACGUUACGGGAAGUCCUUGCUCUUAAGCGCACAAAUCCACUGCUCUUAGACUGUGAAAACAAAAGACUGUUGGACAAAGUGAGAGGAUUGUACAGGUUCAAGAAAUCUCAGGGUUCUCUUUUUGAAGACGUGGAGGCCAGCGAUUGUAAUGACAAUGCGAGCGACUCGAACUCAAUUAUAAGUCCAACUACAACUCAAGGAAAAUCGAGAGUUUUUGAAGAAGAGGAGGUGAUGGUCUUUUCAAACCUUUUUAAGGACUUGAUUCAAGGCGGUCAAAAGAUUGAAUCAAAAGAUGUUGUACAGCGAUUGAACGAGAGCGGCCAUGAAGACAUCAUACAAAAAUAUUCUAAGCAGAAAGUUACUGACAAGAUCAGAGGUCUUCGUGCAACUCACAUCAGGCAGUGGAGAAAGUAA